AUGACGGACACCAGCACGCAGCAGGUGGUCGGCAACAGGAGACCAUGUGGAGGAACAUAUGGACGCUACUACAACAAGGACAAACACAUGACUGACAGCUCAGAAGUGGACAUGGUUUCUGAGGAGCGUCAAAGGAGCCCAAAAAUGCUCCGUGAGCAUCUGCAGAACAGCGAGACUGAACAGCAACAACCUCAACAACAGGAAUCAUCAACAUGCAGGAGAUCAGCUCUGGUCAGGUCAAAAACAUUUGAUGCAUCUCUGCUGACCCCGAUUCAAAGUGAGCUGGAUUCAAAGCUAGAGAGGAAGAAGUCUCACUACAGUCAGCUGUCCAAGGGUAAUAGUCAAUAUCAUAAAAUCUUCAAGGAGAUCAGCAAAGACGAGCAACUCAGGCAAAGUUACACAUGUGCUCUGCAGAAGGACAUCUUGUACCAGGGCCGCAUGUUUGUCUCCGACCACUGGAUCUGCUUCCACUCUAAAGUCUUUGGAAAAGACACCAAGAUCGCCAUACCGGUAAUAUCUGUCACGCAUGUCAAGAAGACCAAAACGGCCCUCUUGGUGCCCAACGCUGUUGUUAUUGCCACAGCAAAUGAUAGGUACGUCUUUGUGUCCUUCCUGGCCCGGGACAACACCUACAAGUUCCUCAUGUCCAUCUGUCUUCACUUAGAGGAGAAGAGUCCAUGCAACAGUCCCAUCCCAUCUUCAUCCCAACUCAACUUUCGAGGUCGGACAUCGCCUCACUCGCCACGUUUUCCUCUGAGUUUCCAUGCCGACUUUGUGGAUCUGGACAGAACACUACGGAAGAGUCAACAAGACACGGAAGAAAGCAGCACUUCCGAUUCCCAGACGCCGGACGAUGACAAGAUGGGAGAAUUCCCAGGUCCUUCCUUCCUGGACAUUUUGAAGUCACCUCCUGAUCAUCAACACCAAAUGAAGAACCUUCUUCAUAAAGUUCCCAAGCAGGAAAGCAAACAACAUGGUUUGGAAGUUAAGCGAGAAGAUACCAGAAGUGGGCAAACUCUCUCCCUCAACACUCUACUGUGUGUUUACCUCAUCCUAGUGUGCUUCCUGGUGUUGUCAUCCUGCUUCCUGACUGUCAAAAUGUUUUCCUUGGAGCAUCGACUGGCAACGCUCGGCUCCGUUGCAGACUUGGCUCAGCCCGAAAACGACUACCUUCGAGGUAGCGACAAUGUCAACCGGGAAUUUUUUUCUGAAUUGCUGAGCCUCAACCUCAAGAAGCUGGAGAAGGUGCAGAAGAAUCUCCAAAGACUUUUGGAUGAAGCCGUCUGA